CGCUAUUCUAUUAUAAUCAUCCAUAAAUUCCUCACAAAACAUGGUCAACAACGGCUCUAAUACUUCCAAAUCCAGUCAGGCUAAACAACCCAAGCAAAAUAGCCCCAAAAAGCAGCCGCAGGUCCCUAGACAGCCAGACCAGCCUCAGAUCCUCAACAAAGAUCUUUUUCAGCGGAUUAACUACACAUAUCAGGCUGCCAUCUUUUUGCAGGAUGUCGGCGGCGGUGCAGGACCAUCAUCAUCAAUAUCUGUUGGAGAUGGAGAUGUACAUUUGGUGACGGAUAGAAAGGGUAAGAGACGGGCGGUCGAGCGUGCAGGGGAUCAAGGAGCGUUCAAAAAGCUGGCAAGGAUGGGUAUGAGAGAAACCAAAACUAUGGUCGUGCACAAUCAACUCAAACUUGACCCAUCGCUCAAGAGGUCUAUUUGCCGGGUUUGCUCAACUGUCCUCAUCCCAGGACUUACAAGUCGUAUACGAAAUCGACCCAACCGAAACACUUUUAACAAGACAAACCAAACAUGUCUCACAUGCUCCGCCUUCCUGUCUAUCCCAUCCCCACCCGUUGCUCACCACAAUAAUCCAACAGAAAGCUCGGUUGCACAAGAUCAAGAUCCUCUUGACGGCCCUGUCAGAGCAGCUAGAAGGAAAAAAGUAACUAGAAGUAAACCCGCUUUCCACGAGUAUGAACGUCGAGAUGAAAGGACGAAGGGGCAUGUGCUCUGGAAAGGCGAGGAGAAAGUUGGAAGGUGGGGUGUUUGACCCCGUCGAGAAGCCCGUCAGGGAGGAAACUGCAGCAAAAUGAUAGGGAGGAUGUGUAACAGACCUGAAUGAUGGCGUACCUUAAGAUGUACAUGUCACUUGCCUAUUGGUUAGGGUCCUAUUUA